AUGCAGGCCGCGGAGCUGCUCGACCUAGCCAGCGUGUCCCCUGUAUCCAAGUACUUCAACGCCAUCGUGGAACCACUACUCUAUCGAACCCUCAUCAUCAACGACCGAGAGUCCGUGGGCUACCCAUCUCGAUGCGCACCCCUGCUUCGCUCUAUCAGCCAACGGCCGGAGCUCGGACGGCAUGUAAGCGGGCUGACGUUCGCUCCCCUCACGGGACUUAGUGCUGCACUUCGUAUUGACCCAUUGACUGGUAAAGCGAUGAAGGUCGAAGACGUGAACUUCGCGGACGUCUUCGAGGCUUUCAAUGCCGCGGUCAAUCUACCGGACAAGCUUCGAGACAGCUUGUCGGCGGCACUAGUCUCCAAAACAGUACCCUCCCAAAUGGCCCUUUGGUUAGCCUUGACGCCUGGCGUUAGACUGUUUGAAACCGCCAUCGGAAUCGGCUAUGGAGACUACGAUAUAGUGUCCAGGAUGUUUCGUCGAGCGACAGAACUUCUACUGCAGGAUCAGAGUGCUGCCCAUGAAGACCUACGGAAGGCGCCCUUGACGAACCUGAGGGAGCUUCGAUUGUCUGAUUUUGACGCAGGGUUUCAAUGUUUAUCAGUCGUCCUCGUACAAGACAUGAUCAACACCCCGGCUUAG